AUGUCCUCCAACAGUUUUCAAGGCCAUUAUCGGCCUUUUAACCCUUUGCUCAGCGGAAGGAGUGAGAGGAACAUGGAGGACCCUAAUCUGACUUUUUCCGGCACUCCUUACCCAUCUGCAUCAUCGACCCCACGUUAUCACCAACAGGAGCCGCAAUACCACCGAUCUGGACCAAGCGGCCAUCCGUUAGUUACCGACGAAGAUUCGAGUUUUAUGAAUUUCAAUGAGCCGCCAUACCUUGCACCUCAUAUACCUACCGCAGAAGAGAUGAACUUUCUCAAGAACGCUGAUCGCCGUUUGCUCUCUUUUGCGGAAAAUCGAGUUAUCAUCAGCCUGGACAGAGAGAUCACCCGACUCCAAAACGAGAACGUCAGCCUGAGGAGCCAACUUGAUUCCGAGAGGGCUACCUGCAUCACCCUUCGGACGGUCAUGGAAACGAUGCAAAGAAGUCCGCCCCAGGCCCCAGCUCCAUCUCUCCCAGCUAAAUACGCUCCACUUCCACCAAACGCCACUGGCUGGGAGACACCAGAGCGCCCCGAAGGUGUUAAAUUCUGGUAUAAAUCCGACUGGACUGACAAAAAGGUUUUUGAUAGUACCGGCUGCCACGUGAAGACGCUUGGCUUUUUACAACACGCUUCAGGAGCCUACGUGACGUCAAAGGAGGCUGAGGUCUUCACGGCAUACGCGAAUAAGUUGUGGACGAAAAUGGGAUACGCCCAAGUUUCCCCAGAGACGUGGGGAAGGGGAGUUGACGAUACCGUAAAGGAGUGGUUUAUCAGCCACAUGCUCAAGGCAUUCCCUGUGUUCUGCCUGGCUGACGAUAGCCCCCGGACCUUUGGCUGGAAGGCAGAUUUGUUUGCCACAAUCAAGUACCCUGACUUCAAGAAGGGACGCCGUGUCGAGAUUCUGGCUCAAAUGCAAGACAAUUCUGCAGAUUUAGGUUCCUCAAGAAAGCGUCAGAAGCCUACUGAGGCCGACUCUGACGACGAUGCAAACAGAAAUCAAGAGAAACCAAAGAAACGCCGUAAGAGUCGACGUGAACCACUCGACCUUCACCCAAGUACUUCCGCUCCCCCUCCCCCUCAACAACCUGCUCCCCCUCCCCCUCAACAGCCUGCUCCCCCUCCCCCUCAACAACCGGAUACUGCCAGGUCUUCCUCGCCUCAACUGUUGUUGAGGGAGCCAUCGAGUGGAGGCACGUCGGCACCCAAUCAAGACGAUACAGAUUUCAUCUUUUCCGAACAUAAUGGCGGCUUCGCUGCUGUUGAUGCUAUUCUUAAAAGUGCUUAUAAAGCUGCUACGACUGCUUCGCCAGCAACUACCCCGUCCAUGCCGCCCACACCGCCUGCUACGGCUGCUACGACUGCUUCGCCAGCAACUACCCCGUCCAUGCCGCCCACACCGCCUGCUACGGCUGGUACGACUGCUCCGGCAGUAACUACCCCGUCCAUGCCGCCCACGCCGCCUGCUACGGCUGGUACGACCGCUCCGCCAGUAACUACCCCGUCCAUGCCGCCCACACCGCCUGCUACGGCUGGUGCGACUGCUCCGGCAGUAACUACCCCGUCCAUGCCGCCCACGCCGCCUGCUAUGGCUGAUACAGCUGCUGCGAACCUGCCCACGCAACCCACACCGCCUACUACGGCUGAUACAGCUGCGGCACCUGAGAUUACCCCACCUGUGCCGUCAGCAACUGCCCCGCCUCCUAUAGACCUGCUGAGACCAGAGGCUAGUGGUAUGGUUGGUACGGCUGAUAGCACGGAUCCGCCUGCCACCAAGAUUGGUGAGACUCCUGGCCCUCUCCCUGAUGUAACUCAGGGGGGCAACCGCCUUACUAUCAAAGACCUGCACUCCAUGUCCAUCCCAGAGCCUACGGUCAAACCUCUUCCCGACCUGCCGCGUUCAAAUGAAGUUACCAAGAAGGGGAAGAAGGUCUAUAAACCCGACCCUGAUGGAACAGGACCCAGGAACCUGUGGGCUCUCGAUUAUAUCAAGACACAUGAAGAAAUGACCUACCAAGAGAUGGUCGAUGGUUGGAAAACACUCAGCCCAGAGGAUAAAGCGAAAUGGGAGACGAUGUCUGGUGAUUUGAAGAAGUCAAAGGGUAAAUCCAAGUCGAAGAAGAAGAAAAACGAUACCUCCAGCGCCAGUGCCGAUGCAUGA